AUGUUUGUUUCACCGCCUCCAGCAACAGCGAGGAAUCAAGUAUUGGGAAAGAGGAAAUCAAAAAGACGUGGUAGCAAUUCAAAGAAUGUUCAGCCUAGUGCUGAUAGUGUAGAUAUAGAUAAAAACGUCUCUUUUGUGCCGAACAACAAUCCUUCAUAUAAUGACCAAGAAGCAAAUACACCGAAUCACUACAGUCUGAAUGCUAGUCCAGGGAGCAGCAGAAGUAAUUUCGUUAGCACACCUCCAGAAUACGCAGACAGAGCAAGAAUAGAAAUUAGGAAAAGAUUAUUGCCGACCGGAGGGAAUAAGCCCGUCAAUGUAAACAGUGUCUUUCUCGACAAUGCAAACAUUCAACAGGUAACCUCGCCAGACAGCCAAAGUUUUGUUUCAGAUCAUGCAUCUUCAUACGAAUCCAGUAUAUUUUCACACCCAUCUACUGUUCUCACACAUGUCACCACAGAUAGUUCGUUAAUUGAUUUAAAGACGCCGAAGUUCGUGACAGAAAUAACGCUUGAGGAUGCACUACCCAAAACUUUCUAUGACAUGUAUUCUCCAGAGGUGCUUAUGUCUGAUCCAGCAAAUAUACUUUACAAUGGACGUCCCAAAUUUACGAAACGUGAGUUGCUCGAUUGGGACCUAAAUGAUAUACGAUCUUUGUUAAUCGUGGAGCGAUUAAGGCCGGAAUGGGGAUCUCGAUUACCGAGUGUAAUAACCUCCGGAAUAAACUUUCCACAAUUCAGGUUACAGUUGCUUCCUCUCUGCUCCAGCGACGAGUUUAUAAUAGCGACAUUGGUUAACUCGGACUUGUAUAUAGAGGCGAACUUGGAUCGCGAUUUCAAGUUAACGAGUGCAAAAUAUACGGUAGCAUCAGCAAGAAAAAGACAUGAAGAAAUCAUUGGAUAUAAAGAAACAAUCAUGCACUUGUCUAAGCCCGAAUGGAGAAAUAUAAUUGAAAACUACUUACUGAACGUUGCCGUCGAAGCGCAAUGCAGAUAUGAUUUUAAGCAGAAGCGCUCUGAAUACAAGAAAUGGAAACAGCUCAAUUCCAAUUUGAAAAGGCCCGAUAUGCCGCCUCCAAGCCUGAUACCCCCCGGUUUCCAUGCUCAUGAACAUAUUUCCUCAGGUAGUCUUUUGAAAAAGGCUUUAAUGAAAAACUUGCAAUUAAAAAACUAUAAAAAUGACACCAAAACAUUAGGUGCUGGUACACAGAAAAAUGUCGUUAAUAAGGUGUCAUUGACUAAAGAGGAGAGGGCAGGUAUUUGGUUACAAUGCCAAACACAAGUUUACCAAAGAUUGGGCUUAGACUGGACGCCCGACGGAAUGUCCUAG